AGGAGGAGAGCAGGAGAGCAGGAGCCUGCGGGAAUCACAGAUCUUUCUUUUGUCCUCUUGUUCGGGAUCCCCACACAUAGGGGGUCAAUGCGGGCUGCGUGGGCUCCCACUAAGAGGACCGACGCGGACGCAGACGCACGCAGAAGCCAAUAAGAGAGCGCGCGCUAAUUAGGAAAAGCUGGUGGAGCAAUUAAGCGCGCGACGCCACGCGGAACGGGACGCACAAGAUUGGUGUUUUGCGGCAAGUGAAAGUUUGUAAAAGCAGCUCCGGUUCCGUUCUCACAGAUCCUCUGUUGAUUUGUCCAGUUGGUCGGAAUCUUCCGAAGCGGGUCCCGCGGAACGAGAUUUGGGAUUACGCGUGGCACAGUGCGAUCCGUAGCUCCUCGGCACCAUGAGUUGGAGCUUCCUCACCCGUCUGCUGGAUGAGAUCUCCAACCACUCCACCUUCGUGGGGAAGAUCUGGCUGACGGUGCUCAUCGUCUUCCGCAUCGUGCUGACGGCCGUCGGCGGGGAAACCAUCUACUACGACGAGCAGAGUAAAUUUGUCUGCAACACGCAGCAGCCCGGCUGCGAGAACGUGUGCUACGACGCCUUUGCGCCGCUCUCUCACGUUCGAUUCUGGAUCUUUCAGGUGAUCAUGAUCACCACCCCCACACUCAUGUACCUGGGGUUCGCCAUGCACAAGAUCGCCCGCACGGAGGACAGCGAGUACCGGCCCGCCCGGGCCCAGAAGAAGAGCGUGCCCGUCGUGAGCCGCGGGGCAGUUCGAGACUACGAGGAGGCCGAAGACAACGGAGAGGAAGACCCCAUGAUCGCCGAGGAGAUCGAACAGGAGAAACCCGACAAGGCAGAAAAAAGCCCGGUGAAGAAGCACGAUGGCCGUCGGCGGAUCAUGCGCGACGGCCUGAUGAAGGUCUACGUGUGCCAGCUGCUCUGGCGCACCUCCUUCGAGGUGGCCUUCCUCUUUGGCCAGUAUGUCCUCUACGGCUUCGAGGUGAUGCCCUCCUACGUCUGCACGCGCUCGCCGUGCCCGCACACUGUGGACUGCUUUGUGUCGCGCCCCACCGAGAAGACCAUCUUCCUGCUGGUGAUGUACGUUGUGUCUUUCCUCUGCCUGCUCCUCACAGUCUUCGAAAUCCUCCACUUGGGGGUCGGAGGCAUCCACGACACCUUCCGCAGGCGGGCCGCGCUCUGCUCUCGCACCCGCCUCCCGCCGGCCUCUCGCUCCGGGCCCGCGGGCCCCCCGCGGUACCUCGCCACCGCGAAAAAGGGGAAACGGAAGGGAGAGCGGAGGGACUCCCCAUUGGGGGACUCGGGGCGGGAGAGUUUUGGGGAGUUGCCCUCGUCCAGGGAGCUGGAGCGGUUGAGGGGUCACCUGAAGCUGGCGCAGCAGCACCUGGACAUGGCCUACCAGGCCGACGAGGGGAACCCGUCCCGGAGCAGCAGCCCCGAGGGCAACACGGCGGCGCAGAUGGCCGCCGAGCAGAACCGCCUCAACUUCGCCCAGGAAAAGCAGGGGGAAGAGAGCGAGAAGGGAGUACAAGCCUGAGCGUGCCCCAGCCGUCUGUUCCACUCCUCCUGGCUUUACACAUGCGGGGGGGUGUGCAGUCAGACCACUGAUGGAGGGAGGAGGGGGGGGUGGUGUUGUUUGUCUAUGUAUGUGUGAUACUCUUGUCAGUAUUAGGUGAGUCAAAAAAUGACCCUUGUCCAAAACGUGUGCCUUCAGCUGACCCUGUUCUCCCGCCCCCUCUUUGUUGUUGUUGUUGUUGUUGUGGCCGUUCAGUGAUCCUCGUCCAUUUCAGACCUUGUCAGGAUUAUCAAAUCCUUUUUUUUUUUUUUUUAAACCGUCUCUGGCACAGUGUACUUGUCGUUGACUCCGAAGAGGGGCUCUCCCUUUAUAAAGUGUCUUUGUGGAGGCUUGUCGGCGUCACACAGAAUCUGCGAAUGUCUUUUCUGGACCUGACCUGCACCACAUGAGGCAUGUUUGAUUUAAACAGAUGUGAUGUUGGGGAUUAUUGAUGUUUAUUAUCCACAAUCCAAACAAUUUCAGAAAUAUUUGACAAUUUGGACGCCUGUGUAUUUGCUCAACUCUGUCAAAAUGUUUACCUGGGAAAUGCUUGAAUUUAUUGCCAGGAAAUGUUCCAAAGAAUUUCCAAGAAUUACUCGAUUAAUUUAAAGCCCAUUUUACUAGUAGCUGUUUGACUGUUCUCCCAAGCUCCAGAAUAUGUACUUUUUUUUUUGUAGUUUAGAUGGAAGUGUUGAAACCACUAAUGCGACAGUCGGUACAGCUCUUCUCUAAAUGUACAAUUUAAAAAUGUAUCAGAGUUCAUCUUUGUGGAAAUCGAAAGAAAAAUUCCACUUUUUUUUCUCUUUUUGUUUUCUAACGACUGGAAACAUCUGCCUUCUGCCAACAAUGAAAUUCCUUCCUUGUUUUCUGACAUUCACAUUCUUCUUUGGUGAUGUUUUUUUUUUUUUUCUUCUUUUUUUCCGCACUUGACGUGCACCACCCAGAAACAUGGAUGCUUUCAUGUAUCCUGGAAUACAAACUCCACCCAGCUGAGAAAAGGAUGACUGUUGGCUGCUGAAGCUGAGCCAUGUAAACACGUAUAAUUGGUUCAUGGUGAGGCUUUUGAUCAACAGCUUUGUGUUCAUACCGAGGGUCUCUUUCCUUGUCUGGUCGAUGGUCUUAAGAUGAAACUAUAAACCUACGUUGCUAAUGAACAGUUUGAUGCUGUAUUUUUGUAAUCUCACUUCCAGUUUUGUUACUUGUAGAAGGGUACGACAUUCCAUUUUGCAGAUGAUAUUUUGAUGGUCUAUUGUAUGUUUUGUAGUUUUUGUAACGAGAUUUUUUUCUUCAGAGUAAAUAUAUUUCAAAGUAAUGC